AACUUCCUCCUUUGAAUGAUAGACUGAAGUUUAUACGAUAAUGUAAAAUAAGAAAACAUGAUUUAAUCACUUUUUAUUUCAUUCACAGUUGUCUUGUUGGAUGGUCACAAGGCGGGAGUUUGAUUUUUGCAACUAGUUGGCGGACUAACAAUGGCAGAAGGAGGCACCGAUCGCAGCAUGCCAGAAACCGAACGGGUUCCAAUACACGGAAGCCUGUACAGCCGUCACUCUCGGAAUCAUGUUGAAGGUGUGUCCGUGGAAGUCUGUAAUAUAAUGACCCGGCUGGGAUACGGGGAGGAGAUUAGGCAAAGACGUGUGGAGAAGUACAGAGAAUAUGACAUGAUGUGUAACGAAUUAGAGAAACAUUUAAUGAUAAAAGGUAUAACAACCAUUACAGUUGGCAGCAAAGGCGAAGGGCUGACCUGCUUGCAAGAAAGCGACAAUGACAAAUUAUUGGUGCUAAACCGUUUCCUCUGUGUGGAACCUGGAGUCGACAUACACACUAUACCAGACGACAUACAAGUGUACAGAAUGGAUACACGUGUAUACCCAGGUCACUGUUUGAUGUUACUGGAGAGACCUACUUCCACAGGAUUUACUUUUUGUAAUAAUGCUCAGUGUGAUGACGGGAAAGGGAACGUAAUGUUAAGCAGCAGCCUAUUUCUACAUGAAAUGUCAAAAUGUAAUCCAACUGAUAUAAAAAAUGUAAUUCCACUUGAACGCGCGGGGCCCUCACUUCCGUGGUUAGGACAAAAUGUUAAUCUCGACAUGGUGUGGGCAUUACGCUGUCAAUGCCCCGGCAUCCUAAAGAGAUGGGCUGAACGACCUCGACAUUGGCCGCCAUCGAAUGUGGUGCAGAAAGUUGUAUCAUUUGGCUCUGUUGUUACCCCUGUAGGAUUUAAAGGCAGCGAAAACAGUUUUUUAGAGUGGAGGAUUUGCUUUAACGUGGGUGAAAUAGAACUCGUUAGUAAUCUUAAUGACACUCAGGCAAAAUUGUAUGUUAUUCUAAAAAUGAUCUUAAAAGAGGUAGUGAAACCAAACAAAAAAGAAAUAACAUCCUUUGUGCUGAAAAAUAUCAUAUUUUGGCAAGCUGAAAACAAUUCACUCGAUUUGUUUCAAAAAAGGAAUUUGAUUCAUUGGUUACAUGACGCUCUGGGAACACACAGAACUGUAAUAUCCUGUUAACAGCUCCAAUACUACAUGAUCUCGGAGCGAAAUCUGAUGGCAGCGUGUGGGUUGCAGGCUGAGCAGCAACUUCAAUGGGUAGCAGAUAUCACGGACAUGAUGGAGGAAGGACCGAGGGUGAUACUGCGAUUGUCGAAGAUUCGACGGGCCAUUAUCUGUCAUCCAGAGUCGAUGUUGUCGUUCAGUGCGAUAAGGACUGAGCUGGAGAUGCUGCAUCUGGAACAGAUGAUCAGAUCUAAGAACAGAUUGGUGGCUCAGUCGGAUGUUAUCCUGAAGAAGAUAUUGCGACGACAGACCGAUAUAAUGGAAAACGUCUAUUUACUGAUGUUUUAUGAAGGCAGCAAUAUUGAUAUUGAUAACCCAAAUUAUAUAUACAACCGAAUUCUGAUGUAAUCAUGAAUUGAAAUUAUAUCUCAUUUGCUUACUCGUGUAAAAAAAGCUCUGUUUGAUAUAAAAUUUCAUAAAUAUUUUUAUUUUAUAAACAUGGAAAAGCUGGCAUAAAGGAACGUUCAUUUGUCAGCGGAGAAACAUGCCUUAAUUGCACAUGACAACAAGAGUUCCUUAUUUAUCUUUGAAUAGUCUGUUCCUGUUCCUUAUAUUCCUGUUUGAUCUUUAAAUUUGGUUGGCUGGUAUUAAGGUUUUAACACUCGAAUAGGAUGUUUUUAUUUUCUGUUCUCCCUCUACAUAUUCCUUAGUUUUAUGGUAAUCUGCAUCCAACAUCAAAGUUAUAAAAAAAAUUACCUCAAAUUAUAGUUUGUAAUUUUAAGUUGUGAAGUUCGUAACAAUUUAUUCACAAAUUUCACCCUUUUUAAUCUAAAUAUUUAUCAAACAGCAUUUUUGUACUAUGCAUUUAUAAAGUAAUGCAUAAAAUAUACACAUGUUACAGUGUAUAACAAUUAAGCAAAUGAAUAAAAAAAUUUUAGACAUUCAUAUGAUGCCAUCAUCCCUCGGAAAACCAGAAAAAAAAACAAUCUCUAGUCACAAGUCUUUUUUUUCAAAUAAUUGUUUUUUAAAAAGGCCGUUGGAAAAUAAAUAUUUGAACAUAGAAAUUGUCUACUCUGUAUCUUAUAAUGAAAAAUAUAAA